AUGUCGUGUGUGCUUGCACUCGUCUGCUCCCAGUUUCUAGAUUUGACGCGGUUACGACUGAUUACGGAGAAAGGAGCCGACGGAGCGAGGAAGGCGUUCCGUCUGGGUGACAUGCACGUCGACCCCAUGCAGCGUGCGGUGCGGGCGGAACGGCCACGCGCGGCCAUGAAUCCGGCUCUCGUGGACCGCGACGACGCGCAGCGGCAGUACCUGGAGCAGCGGGUGGUGUUGGCGGCGGUGGCGGAGAUGUACAGUGAGGAGAGCGCGGAGGGCGGGCAUGGCGCGCACAAUCACAAUGCGAUACUGGCGUACCUGAGCAGCACGCUCGACCCCUUGCUUGCCGUGCGUCCACCCGCCUCGCCCACCACGCCCCUCGCUGCACGGGUGCAAGGCGUCCCCUCACACCCACCCUCGCACGCACCUCAAGCGGGGCUGGCGGGGCGGUUGGGCCAAUCGCGGCAGCAGCUGCUGGGAGUGGAGCCGGCGUGCCUGCAGCGAGCCGCUUCCAGCGCUGCAGCGAACAAGGCGACUCAGAUGAGACUGCAGCAGCGCGUCAUUGAUGCAGUGGCGUCAUCUGCAGCCAACAUCAAGACCUUCAUUCACUUGAGUCUGGGGGACGAUGCCUCCAACACUGACACCGACGCUGUCACGCGAGUGCGGGAGGAGGUGCGGAGGGUGCGGGAGAGGGAGGGCGCCAUCGCGCGCCUGCUGCUCACCACGGCCAACACUCGAGCCACGCUGGCGCAGGAGCACGUGAGGGUGACCAGGGACCUCCUCACCUUGCUGCACUUCAAGACACUCCAACAGCACCCGCUGGAUGGGAGGCGGUGUAAGCUGGUGGAGGCAAGCGCUGCCCUGCUGCAGUGCAAGGAAGAAGCGGUGGAGCAGCAGGUCCGAGCCGCCACAUACACGAGAGUCACCGUGCUGGCACUGCAGCACACCAGGAGCCAUCUGUUGGCGCGCAAGGCUGAAGUCAGUUUGGCACGAGACCAAGCACGUGUGCGCCUGGAGCAGCUCACGUCCAACCCCGAAUUCCUUGCUGUUGCACGUGAUUACAACCGAACCAAGGAG